GAGAACCCGGCCCUGUUCCCUAGCCGGCAGGUGGCCAGGCCCAGCUGCGGAGAGGCUGGCCAGCUCCACUUCCUCGCCCCGCCCAGCCGCAGAGGUAACAUUGACUGAUUAGAUUUGACAGCUAGUCUUGGCCCAGAGGAUACCUCAGCCCCGAGCCCUCCCGCUCAAGCACGCCCCUUUUAGAGGAGAGCUCCUGACCUAGCUUCUGAUUGGCUGAUUCAGCGCUGACUCCAGCCAAUCUACUCACGGCAGGUAAGAGGUCUUAGAAAGCAGAAUCGAAACCCUCCCACUCAAUUUGCACUCCCACCCCAGCUGAAUCUAGGACCUCCACCCAUCUUUCUGUCCCACCCUCCGUCUAUCUCUGUCUGUCCUCCCGUCGGUCCGUCAGUCCGUCACUUUUCAUACAUACGACUAGACAUCACGUACACCAAUAGGAGCAAAAGACACUUUGAUGGGCAAAAGGAAGAACCAAUGAAAUCUAUCUGCGUAAGGGGGUGGGGCGAGGAGGCUGCCCGGUUCAGGGCGGAAGCGACUGCUCUCCGGUUCGGGCCAAGGGACGAAAGAUGGCGGCGACGUCGCUGCUCUUUCAGCUGCUAUGGCCUCUGCUCUUGGGGCCGCUUUUGUCCGACGUGCCGGCCUGUGCCUUUGGAAGCUUGAACCUGGAGGAGCUGAAUGAGAUGCGAUAUGGAAUCGAGAUUCUCCCGCGGCCUGUCAUCGGGGGGCAGAGCCAGUCUUCAGAGGUUGUGAUCGUCUCCUCCAAGUACAAACAGCGAUAUGAAUGCCGUUUACCAGCUGGAGCCAUUCACUUCCAGCGGGAGCAUGAAGAAGAUGCCCCUCCCUAUAAGGGGCCCGGAGUCCCCGAGCUCCUGAAUCCAAUGAGAGAUGCACCCUGCCUAGUGAAAACCAAGGACUGGUGGACGUAUGAAUUUUGUUAUGGACGCCACAUACAACAAUACCACAUGGAAGAUUCAGAGAUAAAAGGUUCUGUUCUCUAUCUUGGAUAUUACCAAUCUUCCUUCAACUGGGAUGAUGAGACUGCCAAGGCCUCCAAGCAACAUCGCCUGAAACGCUACCACAGCCAGAUAUAUGGAAAUGGCUCCAAGUGUGACCUGAAUGGGCGACCUAGAGAGACUGAAGUUCGGUUUCUGUGUGAUGAAGGUUCAGAUGCUUCAGGUGACUACAUUGAUCGGGUAGAUGAGCCACAGUCAUGUUCUUAUGUGUUGACUAUUCGGACCCCUCGACUUUGCUCCCAUCCUCUCCUUCGGCCUCCUCCAAGUGCUGCUCCCCAGGCCAUCCGCUGCCACCCUACUUUACAGCCAGAGCAGUAUGGAGCAUAUAUCCAGGGACAAGUCUUAGAUACAAAGCAGAAAAUUGAAGAAAUCUCUGAGAAGCUUCACAACUCAGACCUUGAAAUGUGGAGUGAGACAAAGUUUGGGGUCCUCGAUACAAAGGGAACAGGUGUGACGCCACCCAAGGGUGACCCCGGAGAAUCAGAUGUCUGGAACAAGCCCCUUCAGACCGAGGAACAGCCCCUUGAAAAGCAAGGGGUUCAGGCUGAGGAUCAGAACCCCAACCUGGAGAAGGAAAGUCCAGCACCAGAACCUGUUGAUGGUUUCCAUGAUAAUGUUCAGGUCAAGGUCAUUCGGAAUCCAGGGGACUUGGUUCGAUUCAUAGAGGAACUGAAAGGUGGGACAAAAAAGGGGAAACUAAACCCAGGCCAGGAAGGAGAUGCAGAAAGCAACUCAGAAACUGCCCAUGAGGGUCCAGAAGUCAAAGCUGAUGGUGUUGAAGAAGAGAGGAUCGAGGAGGAAGAAGCGGAUGAAGAAGAACGACUCUUGGGGGAGUUUGAAAAGGAGCUAGAAGGGAUGCUUCUACCUUCAGACCGAGGCAGGCUCCGGUUUGAAGUAAAGACUGGGAUGGAGAAGGAGUUGGAUAACAUUAUCCAAGAGGCAGAAUCGGAGCUAGAUCCAGAGGAGCCAAGGAGUGCAACAGAACGUAGCCAAGCCUCCCAGGCCUUGGCAUCCACCCUCAACAAGCUCAUUCAGAGGAUGGAUGGAAGACAGGGACCUGACCAGGGGGAGGGGCCCAUGGAGGGUGGUGCUACCCCUCCAACCAGCCCUCCCUCACCUCAGUCCACAGAUGAGGAAACUGAGCGUCGGGUCAGAGUCCGGGUCACCAGACUCCGUGCUGGAGGCCCGAAUCAGGAUCUGUCUGUCUUUGAGAUGAAGCGGGAGAAUCCCCAAGUGAAACAUAUAGAGGGACUGGUGAAGGACCUGCUUGAGAGGGAGGGGCUCACAGCUGAAGGUAAAGUGGAGAUCAAGAUUGUUCGGCCGGGGGCUGGAGAGAGUGAGGAGGAGGAUGGACAUUGGCUGUCUGAUGAGGACACCAAGAACCUCAAAGAGAUCUUCUUCAACAUCCUGAUCCAGGGAGCAGAGGAGGCCCAGAAAGAACGACAAAGACAGCGUCAGUUGGAGAUCACUCUGAAGAGUCCUUCUGAGCCUCUCUAACCUGUCACCUGCACCGAACCCCCAUUUUAGUGUCCCCAGAAAUGGAACAACAGACUGGAGCCGAGCUGUGGAGUCCAGGGGACUCGGGAGGGGUUCUUCCAUCUGGGUUUUGGGGCUGGGGGAGGGGGGAUUUAGCAUGCUAUUGCUACAAGCUAUUUGUAACAAUAUAGGGUUCCCCUCAAAUUUAGGCUAGCCCUUCUCCCUCUCCUGGGAUUUCCCAACUUUAGGUCUUUCCCCUAGAUCUCCACUCAUCUUUUCCUAGCUCUUUAUCUCACUCUACCCUGAGGUACUGUGGCCUAUUUAAAAAAAAAAUUAGAGGGGUACUUAGGGGGGUGGGGGGGUGGCCAUUAAUUAACAGGGCUUGAACUGCCCUGGUUGCUCUAUCCUGGGAGUUAGGGAUGUUACUUGUUUACAAAUAUUCCCCAUAGAAUGUCUGCCCCCUUCCUCUCCCCCUAGAGUGUUCCCCAGCUCCUACUGCUACUGGGAGUUACUUUGCUCCCUCAGUUAGGAGGGGGUGAAAUCUAAUUGGAGCUCCCAGCAAUUUCCCUAGCUUAUGAUUUGGAGGGUGGGGGUGAGAGGCAGCUUCCUCCUCUGGUUGCGAUGCCAUAGGAGAUGGGAGAGGCCUCUGGCACUAGGAGUUGGGGUUUCCCUGUCCCCUCCUUUUGAAUAAUCAGGUUUCUUAAUAAAGUGAACUGGACCCUGAAA